AUGGCUGUGACCCCUGGCCAGUAUAAACACAAGAACAUGGGAUACACGAUUCCCCUUCAGCCGGACCAAGUCGCCAUCGUCAACCAAGCGUCUGACACCUCUGCCACAUCUGCAUCGAACAACAACAUAAGCAACACCAGCAGCAUGCCAAUCAGCACUAACGCACCGGCUGCCACAACUGGCACGACUUCGUAUACCAUCCCGAAUACGGCUUGGUCUUCGUCGCCAACAUCGACAUCUACAAUGGCCAACUCGGCCAACCCAGCCACCACUUCUUGGUCUACCACCACCACUCUCUCGUCUGCAGUUGCCCCCCAGGUCGAACCUAAGUGGACUGAUCCUGCCAAGUCCAUUGACAUGAAAACGAACGCAUACGCCGGCGCCUUUGGUCCAGACAGCAGCUUCGAGGAUGCCGCUUAUCCUGAGCGCCGCCGGAAGCAGUCUAACCUACAAGACGGUGCUUGGAAUGCCACUGUUGAAACAGGCGAACGGUCCGACUCCGCCAUGUGGAUUGAUGAAACGAAAAGCACGCCGGCGGCGCCCACUGCACUCGUGGCACCCGCUUCCUUUGCCUUUCCCACGCCCACACAGAUGAGCAUGAGCACUGCGAAUAUGGGCGGUGCACCUAUGGCGGCACCCAUGGCGGCACCCAUGGCGGCACCCAUGGCAGCACCGACAAUGCAGACAUUUUUCGACCAGUUUCCCAUAGUACAGCCUAUGAAUGACUCGUCACCAACCACUGACAUCACCAUGUACGGAUCGCUCAUGGGCCACAGUGACCUGCAGGCUUAUCUGCCUCCGGCAACUGCGGAGACGGCAGCCUUUGGUGCAGUACCGAGCAAUAUGCCCUUUGUGGGUGCCCAAGAUUCCAGCGUCCUUCAGGCAGCACAAUGGAACAUCCCCUUUACUGUUGCACCCGCCACGAACGUCUUUGCACCCGCCACGACGCAGCCGACAAUGGAUCCAACCAUGAAUAUGUCCAUGGACAUGGCAUUCGCCAGUGCAGCGGCGAACCCCACGCCAGCAUUGGUGGGUGCAGGGCAUAUUGGUAAUGUCGGCUACGCGCCUGUGCCACAAAUUGAGCCAAACUCGCACGGUAAUUACGUCCCCUUUGUUCAGCAGCCCAACAUGCUACAGGCACCCGCCCAGUGUGCUCCGACAUCAUUUGAGAGCAGUUCUGUGAACUUUCCGUGGCUGCCGGUGGCAGAGAUUACGACCGUGCCCUUUCCACCUCCACUUCCUUUUGAUCCUGUCGGGCCUCUCCACCCCCAGGUCCCCGUGACUCCUCAGACUCCCCAGGUUCCCAAGGCUCCCCAGGCUUCCCAGGCUUCCCAAGCUCCCCAGAGUCCCCAGAAGCACACUCGAGUGGUCGAGGUCGAGGGCGAUGAGUCGUCUCCAUUAAAGCGUGCCAAACAACAGCCAUCACUCAAGGCCCAGGCAUCGCCGCAGCAGACACAAACUCAACAUCAAAAUCAGGAGAGAGAGAAAGAGACGGAGAUCUGUUACGACCUGGAUGCCAAUGAUCAGUACGAUGCCCGGAUCCCUCGCUUUCCCACGGGGCCCGGUCAAGUACCGCCAACCCUCGGCCGGCCAUGCGUUAUUCCCACACCUGUUGGCGAGGUUCUUAUCCCCUGUUUCAACGUCUACGCGGCAGAGGUGAUUGCCAACUCUGACGCUACCACAACGUCCGAAUAUAUCUUGAAAAUGUCCCAAGGCCUAACUGAGCACUCCCGCCGCAACAAACAACCGCUCUCGGUCGAGAGCGAGAUGGCCCGCAUAGCUAAAGCGCAGAAACGGGGCGAGGCCAUUGCCAAGGCCCGGGCCAAGGCCGAGGCGAGAGGUAAGGCUCAGGUUCCCCAAGUGAACGAGUCUGUAGCGACGCAAGCAACAGACGCUCAAUCUUCCAUGGCUCAGGACCACGCUCCAUCUCCUUCUGAGCGGACCACCAUUUCCCAGUCGCUGCAUGGCCAGCCCAAUCAGCCAAUGAGCACCGCAGAGCUCAAUGUUGGCCAGAAUGGUACCUUUCCCAUGUUUAUUGUGGGGCCACAAGCAGUUCAUGCGGCACCUGGCCCGCCAAAUAGGCCGGCCCCUACUACUGCCAAUAUGGCCGGUAGUGUGGACGUUGGCACAUCAGCGGCUCAGUCGUUCUCACGUCCUGUGUCCCGUGUUCCGCUGCCUGCCACUGCGAUGACAGUCCGGCCACAGCUUCCUAUCGGCCGAAAACCUCGUACACGGGCCUCGACCAGAUUAUCCACCUUGCCCAGCAUUACUGGACGUGAAGCCAAUGCCAGCACCGGCGCGUAG